UAAUACUUUGUAAAGAGCUGAUAAAUCCUUAUAGAGUUAUUAGUAAUCCAUAGAGGUUACGUGCCUUGUACAUGUGUUUUAAAACAAAUUGCGAUGUGUUUCAUAAUGCAGGCUGGUUGUUCUAUAAGGACCGAGUCUCAAGUCAAGUAUGUGGUCGAGAAUACGCAUGAAAUUUUCCAACAAGACAAAAUCAUAGGAAGAAGAAGACGAUGGCGUGUUUACCUGGAUGACAUUGACUACAUAACCUCGGAUUUUGUUAUCCUAUCAGCGGGAGUUUUUGGCACAACUGAGAUACUUUUCCAGUCAAAAACGAGAGGAUUGACUCUCUCUGAAGCUCUUGGAUUUGGGUUCAGCUGUAACGGGAAUACAGUUGCUUAUCUUGCUGGAAGUGCUGCACCCUUAAAUGGUUAUGGUCUGGGAAGAAAACAAAUUUCUAAGAUACCCUUUCAUGAACGUCCAGGGCCAUCCAUCUCAUCAUCUUAUUCUUCUUCAAUGGGUUUCACAAUCCAGACUGCUGUACUUCCUACUGCUUAUCCUUACCUGCUGUUUAAAGGGAUUAUGACUUAUGGAUGGCCAAUUGGUUUCUGGUUCUUUCAUGGAAUAAUUGACAAGCUGAAACAUCUCAUAGGUCUUAAGACAUCCCAGUCAAUUGUUCUCAAUGCAAUGGGAUAUGAUGAAAGUGAUGGGCGUAUUACAUUUGACGAAGCUACAAAUAAAAUCUCCUUUAGUCCACCUUGUGAUCCUUUGCUUCCACGAAAAAUAGAGGUCUUUCAAAAGCUUACCAGGAAAUUGGGGGGAGUCCUCUUUAUGUCUAGAUAUAGAAGUACAUCGGUUCAUCUCUUAGGUGGAUGCAAUGCAUCAUCAGAUUCUUCAGAUGGGGUUUGUAACCAUAAUGGUCAGGUUUUUGAUGCGAAAAAUCCGGCUUCAGUGCAUCCAGGCCUUUAUGUUUGUGAUGCUUCUUUAAUCCCAUGUUCAGUUGGCGUGAACCCAUCUCUUACUAUUGCCACAAUAGCUGAGCAUGUAAGUAGGAACCUUGUGCAUGAUAUUCUUGAUUACAAUAGCAAAAAAGGUUUAACUUUUGACUUUUCGACUGUUGAUCAGUACCCUUGUUAUGUUACUGAUAAAAGUUUGGAUAAGGGCCAUGAUUCAGCUGUUGUGAUUAAAGAAAACAUGCGGGGCUAUAUCGGGGGUAUGCCAUGCACAGCCCAUCUCAAAAUGAAAAUGAAUUCUCAGUAUCAGGAAGAAUAUGGUGAAUGGAAAUCAACCAGCAAAAGAUCUCAUCCUCUUCUAAGGGGAAAGGUCGGUGGGUAUAUGGUGAUUAGAGCCAUUGAGAAAGAUAAAGUACACAUCGUUGAUGGGGAAGUAGAUAUGUGUUUGGUGGAUUGCAGAACUCCCUACACACAAUAUAUGCACUAUCGUCUAUUUCUUGCGGGCUCUUCUGGUUCAAAGUAUAUUCUUCAGGGAGAAAAGAUAUUAAAUCCGUAUCUCUUUGCAUUUAAUGCUUGGCAAGAGACAAGGACAUUGCAUGUAACAUUGAAAAAAGUUCCUGCCAACUGUAGUAGUACAGUUGUGAUUUUGAAUGGAGAGCUUCAAAUUUCGUCUGUAGAGCUUUUGAAGAGCUUCAUAAGUCUCAAAGGACAGACUGCAGGAAGGUUCAUCUAUGUUCUCCUACAGACUUUUGUUAGAACCUAUAUCUUACAAACACCCCGUGGGAGUCACCUGGAUUUCAUUCCAAUUAAUUCAUGCCAUGAACCUUAUCCAAGCAGCAUUCUCCAUAAAAUAAAAUCAGGAGACGAAUAUAUCAUUAGUUGCAGGCAGUGGAAAAGCAUUCAAAAUCUAUCAGGGAAUAAAGAGGUGAAACGACUGAAUCCUGUUCUCCUUCUCAAUGGUUAUUCUACUGAGAGUUUCUGGCUUCCAACAGAACCAAAUGACUUCAUCAGAACUUUACAAGAAGAAGGGCAUGAAAUAUGGCUACUGCAAACAAGAUGGCACCCCAUGAAUCCUGCAAACAGCUUCACUAUCGAAGAUGUUGGAAAGUUUGAUAUCCCGGCUGCAAUUCUUAAGAUCCAUGAACUACAUGGACUGAGCUGUAAGAUACAUGUAAUUGCACACUGUGUUGGGGGCUUGGCUAUUCAUAUAGCUUUAAUGGGAGGGCAUGUCUCUGCAACUCACAUAGCUUCUUUGUCCUGCACCAGUUCUUCAAUGUUCUUCAAGCUUACAACACUAGCCAGAGUCAAAAUGUGGCUUCCUCUAGUACCAGUAUCAAUGGCUAUUCUUGGCAAGAAGAACAUCCUGCCUUUGCUGGAAACAACAAAGGCAAGUUUUCGACACUGGCUCUUGAAAUAUAUUGCCUAUUGCUUACCAAGAUAUGAGAGAUGCACCUGCAAGGAAUGUGAGAUAUUUUCAGGAAUAUUUGGGAAUACAUUUUGGCAUGAAAACGUGACCCCCACCGUGCAUCAAUGGCUAAAUGAGCAUAGCUCAACAAGGCUUCCCAUGGCAGCAUUUCCUCACCUUAGAAAAAUCUGCAACUCUGGAUUUCUCGUGGAUAGUGAUGGUAAUAACUCUUACUUAAUUCAUCCAGAGAGGAUGGCAGUCCCUACACUCUAUAUCUCUGGUGGGCGGAGUCUCCUUGUGACUCCAGAGACUUCAUUUCUCGCUAACAAGUACAUGAAGCUUCACCAACCAGGUUUUAGACAUGAAAGAGUGGUUGUAGAUGGAUUCGGGCAUUCAGAUCUGUUAAUUGGAGAGAAGUCUUAUGAGAAGGUUUUUCCUCAUCUAUUAUCUCAUAUUAGAUUGGCUGAACUAGAAGGCAAUGGUGUGGUAAGCUUUAAGAGAAGGAAGUAUAGUAAGGAGGUAUUGGAUUGGAGCAAUGAUCCUUAUGAAGGAUAUAGAGGAUCUAGUAGUUGGUUUUCUCCUUUGGUUGUAGUUUUCUUGUUGCUUUUGUUUUUCUUUCUGUGUAAUUUCAGCCAUUUUAUGUAGUUCUCAGAUACAGUGAAAAUAAAACUCCAAAAUUUAGUCUUA